AAUGGGUGUAUUUGUAGGUGUUUGUAUAUGCGACGCGCGGCGACAGCAUCUGACAACAACACACAACACCAAUCGAACAAGAAAAAUAAUAGAACGUACAACGAACAAAUAUCAUAACAACGAAUUCUAUCAAAUCGUUGUGGCCGUGCUUGCAUAAAAUACGGGUUAUUUUUAUUUGAAAUAUUGAAAGGAAUCAUCAUUUGUGCUGUUUGUGUGAAAGCAUGCGGUUGCACACAUGCUGCGGCUCAUAAAAUAGUUACAUUUCCUUAAUAAUUUUGCAGUUUCUUAUCAUUUUGCCGAGAGCUGAAUUAAUAACGAAUACCACAGAAGAGCAUCAUUCAAUUGAAAUACACCGCUGUCACAACGUACAUCAAACAGCUAACUAUUCUGAGAAUCGCCUUUGAACAAGCAUAUAUCAACCACCAAUAAAAUUAAUUCACAAGAUUCAGCCAUGGAACCAACAAAUUUUGAUACUUUAUUCAACAUGGACGGCUACUUGAGACUUCACGAACAUGAAAUUCGUCGGCGGAACAACGUCGUGCGCGAAUGGGUCGAACGUAUCGAAAAACAUGAUGGCGGACUUACGGAUUUCUCGCAAGCCUACAAAUACUAUGGAUUGCACUUCCAACAAGACAACUCAGUGAUUGCACGCGAAUGGGCACCCGGUGCCGUCCAACUUUAUCUCACCGGCGAUUUUAACAAUUGGCAAUGGGAAGCAAACCCAUUUACGAAAUUGGACUUUGGCAAGUGGGAAAUAAAAAUCCCGGCCCGUAAUGACGGUCAAUGUGCCAUCAAUCACUUAUCGGAGGUUAAAGUUAUCGUUCGUACGCAAUCUGGACAGUUAGUUAGCCGAUUAUCACCAUGGGCAAAGUAUGUCGUUCAACCGCCAAAGGAGGCCAAUCAAGGCACAAACUACAAGCAAAUCGUCUGGAACCCACCACCACAUGAUAGAUUCCACUUCAAGAGCCGUAGACCGAAUAGGCCUAAGUCGCUGAAAAUUUACGAGUGCCACAUUGGUAUUGCAACUGAAAGACAUGAAGUCGGUUCAUAUGACAACUUCAGAGAAAAUGUUUUGCCACGAAUUGUGCGCCAGGGCUACAAUGCAAUCCAACUUAUGGCCAUUAUGGAGCACGCUUAUUAUGCCAGUUUUGGUUAUCAAGUGACCAGUUUCUAUGCAGCUUCAAGUCGUUUUGGCACACCAGAUGCACUCAAGAAACUCAUCGAUGAAGCUCAUCGCUUGGGUUUGUUUGUGCUUUUGGAUGUGGUACACUCGCAUGCCAGUAAAAACGUUGAAGAUGGUUUGAAUCAAUUUGAUGGCACCAACAGUUGCUUCUUCCACGAUGGUGCAAGAGGUGAACAUAGCUUGUGGGACAGUCGUUUGUUCAACUAUACCGAAUACGAAGUACUUCGAUUCUUGUUGUCCAAUUUGCGCUGGUGGCACGAUGAAUACCAAUUCGAUGGCUAUCGUUUCGACGGUGUAACAUCGAUGUUGUAUCACUCACGUGGUAUUGGAGAAGGUUUCAGUGGCGAUUACAAUGAAUAUUUCGGUUUGAAUGUGGACACCGAUGCAAUUAUUUACAUGGCCAUUUCCAAUUAUUUGUUGCACAAAAUCGACAAUCAAAUCAUCACAAUUGCCGAAGAUGUGUCUGGUAUGCCAGCACUGUGCCGGCCGGUGACCGAAGGUGGUGUUGGAUUCGAUUAUCGUUUGGCUAUGGCCAUUCCGGACAAAUGGAUUAAAUUGUUGAAAGAAAGUUCCGAUGAUGAUUGGGAUAUGGCCAAUAUUGUGCACACUCUUACAAAUCGUCGAUGGAGAGAGGGCACAGUUUCCUAUGCUGAAUCACAUGAUCAGGCAUUGGUUGGUGAUAAAACACUUGCAUUUUGGCUGAUGGACAAGGAAAUGUAUACGCACAUGUCAACAAUGUCGGAUCCAUCGUUGAUCAUUGAUCGUGGCAUUGCUUUGCACAAAAUGAUCCGUUUCCUUACGCACGCAUUGGGCGGUGAAGCCUAUUUGAAUUUCAUCGGCAAUGAAUUCGGUCAUCCGGAAUGGCUUGAUUUUCCACGUGUUGGUAACAACGAAUCAUAUCACUAUGCACGUCGCCAAUGGAGCUUGGUCGACAAUGAUCUGUUGAAAUACAAAUACUUGAACAAUUUCGAUCGUGUGAUGAAUACAACCGAUGAGAAAUACCAAUGGCUCAGCGCAGAUCCAGCCUAUGUCAGUUUAAAACAUGAAGGUGACAAAGUCAUUGCAUUCGAACGUGCCGGUUUGUUGUUCGUUUUUAAUUUCCAUCCAAACAAAAGUUACACUGAUUAUCGUGUCGGUGUUGAAGUUUCUGGACAAUAUCAAGUCGUGCUCAGCACUGACGAUGCAGAAUUUGGUGGCUUCGAUCGCAUCGACAAAAAUAUCAAACAUUUCACAGAUCCACUCGGUUACUGCGGACGCAGAAAUUUUGUUCAAAUUUACAUCCCAUCUCGAACUGCUGUUGCUCUAGCCAAAGUCGAUUAAAUCGCAACACAAAGUGAUUCCAUACCGACUUCCAUUCGUUAAUGUUGUUUAUAGCUCAUUAGAUAAAAAACGGAAAAAAAAGAGAAAAUAUUUUGUAAAUCCAAAUCAUUGUUGAAUAAAUAUUUUGUAAUAAAAAAACAAAAUUUGAGAAAAAAAAA